GUCGGGAGGUAUUGAUCUGGGGCGACAUUAGUCUAAUGGAGGUCUGGAUGGAAGCAGAGGUUACUUCACGUGGAUGAGUGGAACAGGUAGAGAAGCUGUAUGUGCUCCAGUCUCAGCAUACCGUGGAGCAAUUGUUCUUCACCCCAAAAGCUUUCUCUGAGUAACGCGUCAUUGGACUUCAAAUAUGACUUUCAUUGUUAACAUCUCUGUGGAGUGGUACAGAAUAAUGGACACCAGACAUAUGAAUCUGUUCCUCAUCCCCACGGUUCUGCUAACCUCGGUCACAAUGCUGGUCAACCCCAUUCUGUCCAUCUGCAUACUGUGCUAUCCUUCGCUACGCCAAGAGAACCGCUACCUGCUCCUUGCAAACAUGCUCUUCGCCGACAUGCUUUUCCUCACCAUAAACCUUGCGAUGGUCUCCUGCAACUCUGUAGGCCUGCACAUGCCCUACUCGCUGUGUGAGUUUAUGAUGGUGAGCAUGGUAAUGACGUACAGCUGCUCUGUGAUCACGGUCACACUGAUGGUUGUCGACACGUAUGUGGCUGUGCGUUGGCCAUUACGUUACAAAGAGAUUCUCCCGCCAUCUCGGGCCAAGAAGAUAAUCAUGUGCGUAUGGGUGAUGGUCGCAGUGUGUCCGGUCUCCUUGUUAGUGCUGUUUGAGAUGGAGAUGGGCAGUAACCAUCAGAGGCGUCCAGUGUGUUUGAUGCUGAUUGCGUUGCACUCGUUGGAGCAAGAAAUGAGCGUUGGGGUUCAUUUGUAUUUCAUCAUCGCCAUCAGCCUCUGCACUGCUCUCAUUGUGUACUGUUACAUACAUCUCUACGUCAUCACCAAGACUUCUGGGAUAUGGCGUAGUCGCUAUUCCCGGGCGCGUAUGACGCUUUUGGCACACGCUCUGUUGCUCAUAAUGUAUUUUGUACCGGCAUUGGUUUUUGCAAUCGAGCUGGCUCUUUUAAAGCAAGAAGCAAAGGAUAAUGUGGUGGGAGUGUUGAUUAACUUGGUGAAUAUGUGCGUACUGAUGUUGUUGCCACGCUGUUGCACUCCUUACCUGUACAUAUUGCGCUAUCGCGAGAUUUACGAGACUGUCCAGCAGGUGUUGUGGAAGAAGAGACAUCAGAGUCAGGGAAGUGCAGCCUAGAAGAGUGGACUUGAAGCUAAAGCAGAGUCACCAUGCAAAAUAACAAGUUUUGGAGGAUUAAUUUGCAGAAGAGUGAAUUUAAAUAACUCCUGAGCCAAAAAGAGAUCUCAAAGGAAACAUUUAAUGUUUUUCGUUUUAAUAUUAUAUUAAAGCAUUUUAACUGUUAACAUGAAAUAUCACAUAUUUAAAUCUUUUUCUAUUUUCAUUUGUAAACUAAACAUUGAAUGCUGUUAAAUGCGCGAAUCCCGUUAUUCAUUAUAAUAAAACUAUAUCAAGUGCAACUGGGUGAAUCUCAAUAUCUCAAAAUGUCCAGGUCAGAUUUUACACCAAAAUAAAAAGGUAAAAAAACAACAACUAAUAUUUCUAUAAAUAAUUUGAAUAUAUAUAUAUAUAUAUAUUCUAAUAUUACCCUAAUAUUUAGCAAUAUGACAUUAUACUUGAGCACAAUUUCCCCAAAUUCUCAUCAUCAUCAUCAUGUGGAAACAAAACUCAUUAUAAAAACUAAUAUUUCUAUAUAUAUAUUCUAAUAUUACCCUAAUAUUUAGAAAUAUUACAUUAUAUUUGAGCACGAUUUCCCAUCGGCAUCAUGUGGAAACAAAACUCAGUAUGUAUAUGUGGGUGUGUGUACAGGAUAAUCAUCAUAAUGACAAAAUAUCUUUUUUUUUUUUAAGGACAUCUCUUGACAGUUUUUUGUGAGAUUCUCCCAGCAAUAUACUGUAUGUUAUUAUUUAUGACCACAAUAUUAUUAUCAAUAACUCCUGAGCCAAAAAGAGAUCUCAAAAGAAACAUUUCGUAUUAAUAUUAUAUUAAAGCAUUUUAACUGUUAACAUGAAAUAUCACAUAUUUAAAUCUUUUUCUAUUUACAUUUGUAAACUAAACAUUGAAUGCUGUUAAAUGCGCGAAUCCCGUUAUUCAUUAUAAUAAAACUAUAUCAAGUGCAACUGGGUGAAUCUCAAUAUCUCAAAAUGUCCAGGUCAGAUUUUACACCAAAAUAAAAAGGUAAAAAAAACAACAACUAAUAUUUCUAUAUAUAAUUUUAAUAUAUAUAUAUAUUCUAAUAUCACCCUAAUAUUUAGCAGUAUGACAUUAUAUUUCAGCACAAUUUCCCCAAAUUCUCAUCGUCAUCAUGUGGAAACAAAACUCAGAAUAAAAACUAAUAUUUCUAUAUAUAAUUUUAAUAUACAUAUUCUAAUAUUACCCUAAUAUUUAGCAAUAUGACAUUACAUUUGAGCACAAUUUCCCCAAAUUCUCAUCGUCUUCAUGUGGAAACAAAACUCGGUAUGUAUAUAUGUGUGGGUGUGUGUACAGGAUAAUCAUCAUAAUGACAAUAAGAUUGUUUUGCAUGCCAUUCUCAUAUGUAAACAAAACAGGCUUAGAUGUUUUCAUGCAAAAUAUCGUUCUUUUUUUAAGGACAUCUCUUGACAGUUUUUUGUGAGAUUCUCCCAGCAAUAUACUGUAUGUUAUUAUUCAUGACCACAAUAUUGAUUCAAACUCUUGUAAGUACUGGUCGAUAGUGCUGUUUUGUUCUCUUAAGAUAAAUAAAUUUACAUUACAGGAUUUUUA